ACGUCUUUGACCCAUGUAUAUAUAUAUAUUACAUUCCCAUGUAUUUGUGCCCAUCUCUGUUUAUAUUUUAUCAAACGUGCUGGAGCACUCAACUUGUUUGGUGUCAUAUUUUAGAGACAUGAGAAAAGUCAACAGAGAAGUUAAGAAAGCAGAGAUCCAGAAAAACAAGUUCCUGAUCGUCACUUAAUUUUCAUAAUGCCUAGUAAAUUUUCCCCCAGUCUAAUCAGGAAACUAAUUUUCGGCUAUAUAAGUUCUUACUCAACAACAUGUACACACUGAAUGCAAGUUUCUAGAACCUACAUCUCACAAGAGGAGAAUCCCCACUGACUGCUGAAUCUUGAACUAACAAGAUAAGGUCCAAAUAACAAACUGUGUUGUGGAGCAAUGAAGGUUUAUCAGAGCGUCCUGCUACUCUUCUGCUGCCAGUUCCUUCACACUCUGGCUUUCGACUGUACUGUGAUGAGCAGUAACCUGAAGCAGAUAGACGCUGGGUCUGGCUCAGUAGUUGGAGUGAACAAUCUUAAUGAAGUGUUCAUCCUGAUUGAUAACGUCUUCACAAAGAUCAGCAUGUCUCUAAAUCACGUCAGUGUUGGUCCUGCUGGUCAGCUGGGGGUUAAUACAGCAAACAACAUCUUCAAGUUUCAGAGUGGCAACUUUAUUCAGUUUCCAGGGCUUCUCAAACAGGUGGAUGCUGGAGGUGAUCAGAUCAUUGCAGGUGUCAAUAUGAAUGAUGACAUAUUCUGUAUAAAUAUGGAUGCUAACAACAAAUGGCCAUCCAGCACCACUCCUUGGGUUCAAAUUAAUGGAAAGCUGAAGUAUUACAGCUGUGGCCCGUACAGCUGUUGGGGAGUGAACAGCAAUGAAUAUAUCUUCAUCAUAAGGGAUGUGUCUAAUAAUGUCUGUUCUGGGUCCGGCGUCUUUGUGAAUAUUCCUGGACUUCUGUCCAUGAUUGAAGUAGCAACUGAUGGCAGCGUCUUUGGUGUCAACUAUCAAGGGAACUUAUACCAAAGAACUGGAGUCACUCGCUCCAACUCUGUUGGCACAGACUGGAUCUCAAUGGUUGCCUGUCCCAUUGGCCACAAGCAUGUGAGCUUUGACCUGGGAGUGCUGUGGGUCGUGUGUGUUGAUGGCUCCAUCCGUAAAUGUACUUUAUAAUCUGUCACUGCAGCUACAGAGGAGCUCAAUCAUUAACAGAAACCUCAAAGUAAUCAGUCAUUAUUAACAGAAAACUAAAAGCUUGAUUAUACUUUUUUUUCUUCUUUUGCUUGCUGUUGAAUGAAUAAAGCAUUAUGAAAGCAUCUA